GUAACGGAGGGCAGUUAAUCUUACCAGUGUUCUUGGAUUCUGUACAAAUACCAACCUGUUUUCCGCAAGUAACUGCCAACUUCCCAAAAAGAAUCAGAAGUGGAGGACGAAUUAAUUCAGACACAAUUUCUUUUAUCAAAUCGUCACGGAGAACGUACGCCUCGUCCAGGGCUCAAACUCACGACCCCGAGAUCCGCAGAUUUGAGCUCCCCCUAUUGAGCUAAGCGGGCGGGUCCCGCGCUCGAAAGGAUUCUUUUCAAAGGAGAAAAUGAAGACACUCGUGUUUCUGAUUGUAAUUCUGACCAGUUUAUUCCAGGACCUUAAUGCUAAAGCUUGCUGUUCAAACGGAUGGAUAGCAUACAACUCCCACUGCUACUUUGUUGGAUAUGAAGCACGAACAUUCUCGGAGGCCCAUCACUUCUGUACGCAACGAGAGGCAUACCUUGUGCGUAUUGACGACUAUUUGGAAAAUAAUUUUCUGAAAAAUAUGCUAAAAAGGUCCAAUGGUAAGAUUAAACAUUUGUACCUAUUUGUCAUAUGUUCUACGCAGCAGAUGCCUCGUAAAGGAAGAUUAUAUUCGUUUGAUGGAUGCCAUGAGAGACAGAAUAGGCCAUUGUCUCGCACUUGAAUCCUGUAUGAAAAUGAAACUGGUUUUUCAGCUAAAAGUCAUGUCACUGUAGAGCGGGGAUACGAUACUAAUCAGAAUUUUACAUAAAACUUCUUGCAUCAGUGAAUAGUAGUCUAAGCUUAUGCUUAAUUCAUUCGAGAAUUUCUAUAGACUUUGAAAAAUGGUAACAUUUAGCUUCUUUUAAAACAGUAAUUGGAUAGAUGCUUUUAUUGCUUUUGCAUAAUCAUAUUAUGAAAAAUUACAGUGAUCCGUGCAUGGACUGGUUUGACAGACCAGAGAGCUGAAGGUUUUUGGCAAUGGUAUGGUACGAACGAUCAUGCGGCUUUCUAUGACUGGGGACCUUGAGAGCCAAAUAAUAGAGAUAAUGAAGAUUGUGUUGCCAUUAGGGCUGUGGAAGCAUUCGACUGGAACGACUAUAAUUGCGAUAGAAAAUUCAGACUCGUAUGCGAGAAAUAAAACAAUAACUUGUUUGGAAACGUUUCAUUCAUAUGCAAUAUUAUUUUUUGAUACUUGCUGUUAGAUUUGGACUGAUAUCUUGUUCUAAAAUUUAAAGGUAUACCCAUUUAGUAGUUGUUUAUGAUAUCAAAUAAUGUGACUAAAACAAUCUACGAAAGAAGACUAUUUAUGACUGUUUA